CCCGUUUACACUUCUUUCCCGGACGAAAGUACCUCGUAAUAUCUCUCCAAUUUUUCUCCUUCUUGAUUCGAGUCUUUUUAGAUGGAUCAACGGUAACAUGGCAGCAAAAAGCAGAGGGAAAAACCAGGGUAGAGGAGCCAAAAGGAAAAGGCAGAGAAAAGCAAAGGUGCAAAUCGCAAUUCACAUUCCUCUCUUGAGUUAUAAAAACGCAUACUUGACGAUUCAUUCUUUCCGUCUCAUGAUAUUCGUCUCUGCCCAAGCAGCACAGUACGUAGAAAGAGAGCUAGCGAGUCACAGCACCUAUUUACUGCUGGUCAAAGUGCCUCUGCAGCUUGAAAGAGGCCUCUCUGUUCUCUGCACCUGAUCGGGUUUUCUUCGUGGCCAAGCUAGAAUGUUGAAACAGCAAGGCCCGCCAAGGCUCCAGACUUGUGUCUUGAAAGUGAACAUACACUGUGAUGGCUGUAGGAAGAAAGUGAAGAAGCUGGUGCAGAAAAUAAGUGGGGUGCAGAAUGUUUCCAUUGACGCGGAGCUCGGGAAGGUGGCCGUGAUGGGCUAUGUCGACCCCAGGACAGUCAUCAAGAAGCUCGCGAAGUCAGGGAAGCAUGCAGAGCUAUGGAGAGCUCAGGAAAAGAGCUUCCAUAACCAGAACCACCUCAACCGUCAGUUCAAUAACAUGCAAAUCGAGUUCCCCAAGGGUAAUGGUGGUGAGAGAGACAAGAAUUUCCAAAAGGGUGGUGGUGGCAUUGGAUUUGGGCAUGUCCAGCCAAAAGGGUCCAACGAUAUGAUGCAGAUUGUUCCCAGAGGUAAGAAAUCAGUCACGUUCGAUCUCGACGUGGACGACGUGGACGACGAAGACUAUGCGAGCGAUGACAGUUUCGACGAUUUUGAGCUCGAUCUCGGGCCACGAACACCACGCAAGCCGUCCGCCAAGGGGGGUGGCGGUGCUCACGGGCAAACAGGUACUAAGGGAAUGAAGAAAGCCAAGAGAGGUGGCAUCUUUCGCAUACCCAUGUUGGGAAAAGGCCAAGCCAAGAAGAACGAGGGCAAAUAUGGCAAAGGUGGGAAGAACGAUAAGUAUGGAGGCAAAAAUGGCAAAAACAGCUUCAACGGGGGAAAUCCAAAGCAAAGUGGGCCAAAGAACGGAGCUAUCAACAGAAACUAUGGCAAUGGUGGUGGUGGAGGCAAGAGUGAUUGGAGGAAUGGAACCAAGGAGAUGGAUCCUGGCUUCGACAUCGAUUUCACCAGUCCCGGCAAAGGCCGAGGUGGAGCCGGCCGCAGGGGAGGCGGCGGCGGCGGGGCCGGGUUCGGGGUUCCGGUGCGGCAGAUUGGGAACUACCCAAUGGGCCACCAGGGCCAGAUGGGGAACUUUCCAGCGGUUGAAGGACUAACUGCACCUAUGGCAGUGAAUUGUGGUGGAUAUGGGCCAAUGGCAGGCCCAGGAAAUGCAUAUAACCAACAACAACACAUGGCCAUGAUGAUGAUGAUGAACCAGCAAAGAGCCCAUGGGAACGAGAUGCUGAGGCCCAUGCCCAUGAUGUAUGGCGGGAGGCCACAUCCCAUGAUGAGCUACCACCAUCAUCAUCCCAUGCCCAUGACCACAGCAACACCAAGAGGAUUUUCUGAUCCUUACACGCACAUGUUCAGUGAUGAGAACACUGAGAGUUGCAGCAUCAUGUAAAGCCAGGGAAGCAGCUCUCUUUGAGUUUUGCCCCCCACCCAACAACAUUUUGCAAAAA